UGUGGACGUGGUUUUGCUAGGCUCUUCAACUUGAAGUCCCACGCUGCCACUCACGACCCGGUCAGGACCAAGCCUUACCCAUGCCCUCAUGCAAGUUGUCCGAGAUCCUUCUCGCGCUUGCAUGAUCUCGAGAGGCACAGGCAAGGAGUGAGUCGGGUUCUGCCAGAUCGACUCGAACAUCGCUAA